AAUAAACACACAAUCAUUGUAAGCAUGGUAAAAUGAACAUGUCGUAGACUUAGGCAUGGACAACUUAGGCUACUUUACGAGUCUAUUUUAAGUAGAAGAAAAUGUUUUGAGACGGAAAUGGACGUCGGAAUGAAUGACACCGCUUAUGAUGCCAAUACUACACAAUUCAUGGACGUUGAUUACGACUUCGAAGCCGUGAAUGGUUGCGGGAAGAUUGCUUUCAAAGCUCUCAACCACGCGUCCGGGGUCGUUCCCGCCAUCGGGAUCGUUCUCACGAUCUGCACGAUGAUCAUUAUCGCCCGUAAUCAUCGACUUCGCAGGAAACGCAACGUUUUCCCAUUCAACAUCGUUCUCGCUGAUUUCGUGCUUGAUGCUGUCUUGUUUGCAGACUAUGUGAAAUGGGAAUUGGGUGUGAUGAGUAAUAAUGACGCAUGGAAAUACGCAAUAGGAAUACCAUAUCGGGCUACACACAUGGUAUCGACCGGAAGUAUCUUCCUGGUGGCCAUUGAUCAGCUAAUAGCCUUCAAGAUCGACUCCUUCGGCUCCAGAAACAUCCUGAAUAAAUGCCGCUGUAUCUUCCUUUGUGUCGCCCUCUGGGUGGUAAUGCUUGUGGUGUCGACGUGCAUUAAUGUCUGGGCUACCGACCCAAAGAGUGUGCGGUUUGUCCUGUCCAACCUUGCCCUAGUCCUAACCGGUGUCUGCUACUUCUUGGUCUACAAGACAAUCUCCAAGUCACAACUGGGUGGAGGACACCAGCUCCAGGAACGGAGGAAGGAGAACCAGCGCGUCCUGACGACGUAUAUUCUUAUCUUAGGAACAACGUUGCUCUUGUUCACGUUACCAGAUUUGGUGUUUUUCCUGCUCUACGAUUUAGAGAAUAAGUUCUUCCCUUCGUGUGUUUUCUUUGGUUGGUACAUCCUGCAGACCCUCAAUACGAUUACCAAUUGUUUUAUAUACUGGUGGCGUUUAAAGGACUUCCGCGCCAUUAUCGCACAGAAGAUACGCCACAUGCAGGGGAUAGGCAGGUUCAAGACGUCUCUGCAAUUGAACACUAUUGAUGGAUGCAGAGUGAACAUUCUGUCCAAGCAGUUUAGCAAUAAUAACAUGAAUAGUGAGCAAAGCACUUCUAAGACAAAUGUGUAUGACAUUUCGGAGAAAAGAGCUAGUACUCUUGGGAAGAUUGAGGGACAGUUUGACAGUCAUUUCGAGCAGAUUGACUGUUCAUCUGCACAAAUGAACGGAAUGUGGGGUCAAACAGAAGGCGAGUCUCGAGGAAUACACCCUGAAAAGCAAACCAACAGUUCACCUAGGCAAAUCGAAAAUCCUUCGGCACGAACUGCCUCCCAGCCUCUACAGACCCGUGCAUAUGAUGAAGUGGACAACUCGGUUGGGCAAGUGAACAGUCCAUCUGGGUCAGCAGACAAUGUGUCAGCACAUGUGGACACUCUUGGUGAUUAAAUACACAGUCCGUCUGGACAAAUGGACAAUAUGUCUGGACACUUAAAGAAUCCUGAUGAUGAAUCCGACAAACUUUCCGGGCAACUAGACAACCUUUUGGAUGAAAUUAGUCUUCAAGAAAAAGAGAAUGAGCUAAUUGCCAGACUGUCUAGACACUUGGGCAAUCCUGAUGACGAAAUCCACAUUCCGUCUGGGCAAUUGCAAAGACUGUCUAAAGAAAUCGGGCUUCCGGAGAAGGAGACCAGUCAGUCCGGUCUUACAUAUAGUGGGUCUGGACACUUAGACAGCCCUGAUGCUGAAUCCGACAAUCUUUCUUGGCAAGUAUAGACAACCGUUCUGAAAAAAAUCACUCUUCCAGAGAAAGUGACCAGUCAGUCUGGAGACUUAAGGAAACCUAAUGAUGAAUUUGACAAUCUGUACGGGCAAAUAAACAACCGUUCUGAAAAAUAAGUCUUCCAGAGAAAGUGACCAAUCAGCCGUGCAGGGCCAACAGAUGAUGUGUCUGGACAGUUGAGCAAUCGUGAUGACGAAGUCCUUCUGAAAUGAGUAUUCUGGAGUUUGUAUAAACAGUCAGUCUGGACAAACUGACAGUGUGUCUGGAUAAUAUCAUGGUGAUAAAAAUUCGCAGUCCGUCAGGGCAAAUGGAAAAGUCCUUUCGAGGAAAUAGAUCCAAUUAUGGACAAUCCGAAUUAGAAAAUAGACAGUCCUGAUGAAGAAAUGAGCACUUGGUUUUACUUUUAUCUUGAUAACCUUAUUCAUUUAAACUCAUUUAGGCCUAUUUAUUUAACAUAUUUAUACAAGAUAAAAAAUAGAUUCAAUUAGCAAAGUUGUUUUCCAUCGAAUUCCUGUUGACAUAUCUUGACAUAUCUUAACAAAUCUAGAAAAAAAUAUGCACCUGAAGAUUGAUUCGAAGAUCCAAAAAAUUCAAAAGGACGUGUCAUAUUAGUGUACGUCAAACACGCUUUAGAGACUACCUUUAUCAUGUCGUUCUAUAAAGACCACAAGUUUGAUUUCUCUAUGAAAAUUGUCUCCAUUGAAACAUAUGCACAAAAAUGGACGUCUUAUAGCAAAUAAUUUUUUCUGUUUGAGCAGAAGUUAAAAAAACUAUUAAAAUAAAUCAAGUCUUGUCACAUAAACAGUCGGCAUCUAGGCCUACAUAGCCCCCCCCCCCCCCCCGCGACACAGGAAUUUUGAAGAAAUUGGAGAGCCGGUUUGGGUAAAUGAGCAAUUAUUUGAGGAGAUUGAACGAUAUGCUUUGUGAUUUAUCAGUGACAAAUGCAUUUGGAAAUGUGGAAAGUGUAAAAAUGAAUGUGCAGAAUGUUAUUCAUAAUAUUGACAAAUGGGCAGUCAAAACUGGUCACAUUUGAUUUCCAUACGAGAAUUAAAAAAAAGUGUUUCAGUUAAAAGACUUUUCAGUAAAGUAAUUCCUUCUUGGCGGGAAAAUUCUGAGAAAGGAUUAAAAAAAAUCAACUUUAAUAAUAUUGGGGGAAAAUGUGGUAAUCCUCACCUACGUUGGAGAAUGAAUUUCAUUACUAACUAAAUAAAUUGUUCUUCCAUGAUUGUGUUGUAUAGUAAGGAACUACUCGUUUUGAUGAGAAUCAUCAUGAUCAUUUGUUUAAUACGCCUACAUUUUAAAUUGCUAAUGAUUUGAGCCGUUUUCAUGAUAUUGACGUUUCUACAAUAUGCAAUGAUCAAGGACGCAUUAAAAUGUCAAUUCCUAAUAAACAAUCAAUUGUUCAUUUAAUGUGAAUAAUGAUUGUUAAGGGUAUAAGAGUGCUGCCGUAAAACGUACCCGCAUUUUUUCGAAAAUAAUAUUUUAUUAUUUACUUUUAUUAUAAUAUACAUGUAUAGUUCUUGUCUUUCGCUAAAUGCUCACCAUUUCGCACAAUAGUUUUGAUAUUUAAGACAUUCGAUCGACAUGAUCGUGAAUCUGUGAAUAUUUAUUUGAAUUUCCAAACACGUACAGUUAUAUUCGAAGAUGUGGUUUAUGUGUGAAAGUGUUGGUGAGUGUAAUGUGUAAACAGGAUAGUGCGAGUCUGAAAGAAAAAAAAAUGAAUGCGAGGGGUUAUUUUCUAACGGGUAGUUACAGAAAAGCUACUGGUUUUUAUAUUUCUAUAUCAUUGAUUAUCUAAUAUGAUUGUAGUCAUUUCUAGUUUUGUGAAUUUAUGACAAGAAAUAAACCACUAUUGUUCUUU